AUGUUCAAAGUGGGAUGUCCUGGGCUCUCUGUGAGCGAUUCACCAAGAGAAGACGCCAUUGAGGUCUUCAACACAUUUCAGUUUGCCGAAGGCGAUGAGAACAAGCUGGACAAAGUUCCUGAGCAGUUUGAGCAGUACUGCAACCCCAGGAAGAACGUAGUGUUCGAGAGGUAUCAGUUUUGGCAGAUAACACAGAAAGAUUCCGAAACGGUGGAUCAGUUUGUCACACGUUUGAAAAACAAAGUGAAAUCUUGUGAGUACCCGUCGCCGGUUGAUGACAUGUUGCGAGACAAGUUCGUGUUUAGUAUACGAGAUCUUCAAGUGAAGGAAGGAUUACUGAGAGACGAGAAGCUUACACUGGAAAAAGCGAUUUCUAUGGCAAGAUCGUCCGAGGCUUCGAAAGAACAGAUUGAAGCGAUGGGUCCUAUGGAGCAAAACAAUGCAAAUCCGACCGUGAAUGAAAUUCGUGCAGGCGGCGGCGACAGAUUGAAGAAGAACCCUUCGCGUCGCUCAGGAUCAGGUUCGGGCUCACGAAAAGGAAAGUGCAGGUUUUGUGGUUCUUCUCACUCGUGGGGCUCUUGCCCUGCUUUCGGAAAAACGUGUGACCACUGCCAGAAGAAGGAUCAUUUUGUGAAUGUUUGCCGUAAGCGACUACGGGAUUUUGGCGGGAAAAAAGUACACGCAGUCGUUGAGUCGGAGUGCAGAGACAACGAAGCCGAUUUGCUAACUUUCUCAGUGGAGUCCAGUGCGGGAGAUCCUUCUAAAGAUGAGUGUGGAUCUCAGACAGUCCUGCCAAUGCAAGCCAGAGUAAAAGUGUAUGACGGACGUCGAAUCACACCUUGCGGCAAGGUCAGCCUAACUUGCGAAUAUAAAGGAAAAUUCACAGUGAUAGACUUCAUACUUGUUGAGCAAGAUCUACCAUCCAUUCUUGGAUGGAAGUCCUGUCUCGAUCUUGGCCUGAUAAAGAGAAUUUACCGCCUUGAAGAAGAGAACCUGGAAUCCGAUUAUGCAGACGUGUUUGAGGGCUCGGGUGAGAUCAAAGGCGUCCAGUACAAGAUUCAAAUUGAUCUCAAUGCCACCCGUGUUGUGCACCCUCCCCGUCGGGUUCCUGUGGCCCUUCGCGAACCUCUUAGAGAGGAACUUCAGAGAAUGGAAAAGCUGGGAGUCAUUAAGAAAUGUACAGAACCCACUGCCUGGGUACAUAGUCUUGUUGUUGCUAAGAAGAAGAAUAACAAACUCAGAGUGUGCAUGGAUCCUAGCGAUCUCAAUCGUGCCGUCAGGCGCGAACAUUUUCCCAUGCAGACCGUGGAAGAUAUGAUUAGCGGAAUGCCCAGUGCAAAAGUGUUCAAUGUCCUUGAUGCUAACCAUGGCUUUUGGCAGGUUAAACUAGCCACGUACAGUAACAAGCUAGCUACCUUUAACACCCCAUUUUGCCGGUAUAGUUAUACACGUUUGCCAGUUGGGAUAGCAUCGGCUCCAGCAGUGUUCCAAAAUGUUAUGUCUCAUUUGUUUCAGGACAUUAAAGGUGUUGAGGUCACUGUGGAUGAUCUGGUUGUGUGGGGAAAAGAUGUGGAGCAGCAUGAUGUGAGGCUUAGACAGGUGUUGGACCGCUGCCGUGAGCGUAACCUCAAGCUUAACAGGGAGAAAUGCCAUUUUCGAGUAUCCGAAGUUCAUUAUGUGGGCCACGUGUUGAGUGCAGAUGGUGUUAAGCCAGACCCGAAUAAAGUUGAAGCAAUAAUUGCUAUGCCAACCCCAGCCAAUCGUGAAGACUUACGGAGAUUCUUGGGUGUGCUAACAUAUUUAUCUAAGUUCAUUCCAAACAUGUCUCAGAAGAGUGCCCCACUUCGCCAGCUGCUCCAGAAAGAUGUCAAAUGGUUCUGA